AUGAUCCAAAGGAAGAGGGUAUCGUCUGGAAGAACAGGGCGAGGUAGAAAGAGAGAAGAGUCUAAUUCGCCAGUCCGUCGUCGUGGAUCAGAUGACGUUCGUGCUCCCCCAGAAUUUCGACCAUACGAUUACGAUGCCCUUUCUGCAUUCAUGAUGAAGAGUCUCAAAGGACAAAGUUAUCCGUUCUUAUCUAACGGUUUCAUUCACCUUGUACACGAAAUCGAAGCGAUGGCAGCGGCAAAUAAUUUCACAAAAGACUAUAUGGAGGGAGAAAUUCAAUUUAUAAACGAAGGAUACUACCCUACUCCGAAUCUGAAUGCAAGAGCAAUGCCAUCAUAUGAUUCAAGAGGAGACGAUCAACAAUCUGAUAUGGAGGGAAGUUCGGAACCUCGAACAGCCAGAGCACCUGCAAUUCCAACGGAAGAAGAUUUAGCUAAAGAAGCUGAAAUCUGCUUGCUUCCCGAAGAACACGAAGAAGAUGACUUUGAUGAAUACCCAGCUUAUCAUGUGGGAACGCGUUUCUGGACUUGGUGUCGUAAAAGUUUCAUGGGAAAAGUGGAUUCAGAAUUUCUGGAGAAUUUUAAAGAGACUAUUCUGGACGUGUACAGUGACGAGGCACUUCAAAAGUAUUUGGUCAAUGAACCGUGGAAAUAUAGAAAAAGAGCAGCGCAUGCGUCCAGAAGAAAGUCAUUGAAUACUUCAGGCAGUAAAAAAAAGGUCUCGAUUUCAAAUGAAGUAACAUCUCCGACAACAAAUGGAAGCAGAAAUGGAACUCGAAAAACAUCGCUUGCUGGAUACCGUAUUCCAAAUCGCCGAAUUUCGGAGAAGGAGAAAGAUAUAGCUAACAACAAUAAAAUAAUGCCGAUAAUUGAUUCAAUGGUAUACACAGCUUGUAAGGAGUAUAAAGACAGUAAGAAUGCUCCGGAAACUCCAUCCGGAAGACGUGGCAGACAUAGACUGACAAGCCCUGAGGUUUCCAGAGAACGUAAAUACCCGAAAUUGGAAAUCGAUACUGAAUCUGAAGGUGAAGAUGAAACAGUGAAUGGCACCAGCAGUCAAAGAGGAUCCUCGCGAUUGCAUUCUCCACGACAACUCAAGAAGGAAAAAAUGGAGGAGGAAUACGAGCGAAUGGAAAAUGGUCAUUCUUCUUCGAAUGGCAUCAAUGGACACUCUCGAACUAAUGGACACGCUGGAACAUCGUCGCCAAAACGAAAGAAUGGUGAUAUCAGACACUAUUUCAGUUCAUCUUCGAAACCAAGCACUAGUACUACACGAAGAAACGGAGAGAAUGGAUAUGAUGAUAUCGAAGUUCCUUCUGAUAUAGAAGAUUUCGAUAAAAAAGCAAUCGGAUCGAAGAUUGUUUCAAAACUCAUUGCGGGAGGAAUCCUUCCAGACUCCAGUGCACAAAUUUUCGAUGAAUUAACACGAGAUGACGGCGAAGAGGGACCAAGUGUAUCGACAAGAAUAGAAAUGAGUGAAGAGGGAAAAGAUGAUGCUGAAGAUCAGGAAGUUGGAGAAUUGGCUGAAGAGCUUCACAAUUUGCAGAUGAAUUUGAAAGAGGAAAUGAAAGAAAAACGCGAAUUGUUCAUGACGACAUGGAGACGUGCGAAGGCUCAUUUCGCAUUUUUCCACACUUUCAAUGAGCUCAAACGAGGAGAUUAUGAUCUUUUCAAACUUGGAAUUAACAUGUACCGAGACUUCCCCAACCGAAAACUCCCAGGAAUAUCUGAAAUGAUGUUGCUCAAACAGGCUCUAAGGAAGCGAAAUCGUCUCGCACGAAUUCAUUACGGAAAAAUGUAUCGUCGACAUCCGAAAUACAGAUGGCAUCAAGGAUACGUCCCAGCUGGGAGACGUGUCGUAGUUUAA